CAGUCAGUGCUCUUAACCACUAAGCCAUCUCUCCAGCCCCCAAGUAUGUCUUCUGAGAGUCUCUCACUUGUCGAUUUGGGCAUCCUGGCUGGCUAGAGAACUCCAGAAUCUGCUUGUCUCUCUCUGUGGUGUUGAGAUUACAAGCACAGGCCACUCACUGUGUUCUGCAUUUGCCUGGCUGCUGGGCAUCAAACUCAGGUCCUCACACUUACACAGAGAGCAAACACUUUACUGACUGUACUAAAUUGUACUGACUGUACCAAAAAGGGGUUUCACCGUGUUCCUCUGGGGAGGUGAGUGUGUGGGGUCUGCAUCCACAGCAGCGGGACAGGUAAGGUUGGAGAGUGUGGGGAAGUAGACCCGGCAAGCCCAGCAGGUUCACCCCAUGGAGCCUCUGCUGCCUUUGGCUGCCCCCUGCAGGAAGAGCCAACCCUGCCCCUUCCCUGAUGCAGAGAAAUACUAGGUCACUCCGCCAGGCCAGUGAGGCGUUUCUGUGUCCUGCCUGACCUUGGUAUCCAUCAUUCCCUGCCAGAGAGUGUCCAUGCAGCGGCACCUUGGAAGAGGCAAAGCAGGCCAGAGGCUAAGCCCUGCCAGGGCCUGGAGAGGGGAACGGUGGUGGAAAAACCCCUGGGGACAGGAGGGAAGGGACAGAGAUCAUCAACCCCUCAUCUGCAGGCAGCAGUUCCAAGGCUCUGGGCCCCCAGCCUAACUACACUGUGGCCCAACUUCCCUCCUUGGAGAGUCCCAGAGGCCCCCACAGCCGCCCCCACAGACUUGGGCUUCUCUCCUCUGUCCUUGAGGUGGCCUCGGGGGCCUCAGCAGACCCCUCUUAUUGGCUCAGCCUAAGAGGCAGCCGGCCAGGAGGCGCAUGGGGGUGUGGGAAAGGACCUCCCCAUCUGUAGACUGGGGACUGGAAUGUGCUGAGCCGAGCCCAGCCUAAUCCUCCAUUCAUCCCCUGGAGGCCACUGAGCCACUGUACAGGGCAGCCCCGAGGGUGGGGGGACAGGAGGAGGAACACACUCCCAGCAUGGUGGACAGUGGAUGGAUGGUCGGACAGACCCCCAUAAGGCCAGCCAGGCUUGCAUGCGAGGGCUUGCCUCCCUCACCCUUGGAGACAGAUGGGCCAGUUUGGGGCUCUGGUACAUGGGGUGGGGCUUGGUCAUACCCUUCCUACAAAGAUGGGAGGCGUGUCCCCAGAUGUGUGCAAGACCCUGAGAAGUCACAGUGGCAGAGCCAGGCGGACCGAGGAAGCUUGUUGAGAGGACGACCGGUGACCCUGCCGAGAAUGAACCCAGGGAAAGAGAUCUGCUCCUAAGCCAUGUGCCCAGCCCCCUCUCCAGCAGGGGUAGCCUGAGGGGAGGAGAGGUCCAUGUGGCCCAGACAAGGCCCUGGAGGUGGGGCUCCUGUGCCCCGCCCCAGCAGGCUCCGCUAUAUCCCCAGCUGCCUCGCCCUCCCCGUGGCUGAGGGCAAUGGCGUUGCAGUUUGAAGCCUUCUGUGCAGGGGGCCUGGCCCCGGGCUGGAGCCUGACAGUCCAGGGACAUGCAGAUGCUGGAGAGGACAAGUUUGAGAUCAACUUCUUAACUGAUGCGGGAGACAUCGCUUUCCACGUCAAGCCCCGGUUCUCCAGUGCCACGGUGGUGGGCAAUGCCUUCCAGGGGGGACGCUGGGGACAGGAGGAGGUGUCCAGUGUGUUCCCGCUGACCCUGGGAGAGCCCUUUGAGAUGGAGGUGAGUGCGGACGCAGAACACUUCCACAUUUACGCCCAGGAACACAAGGUGCUCCAGUUCCCACACCGUCACCGACCCCUGGCCACCAUCACCAGAGUGCGGGUGCUCAGCGACCAUCGGCUGGCACAGGUGGAGCUAGCCAAGCGGAGCCUGAGCUGGGGGGAUGGGGGCUACUGAGUGGACCCCAGCCUCCAAGAGCCAGCCUUGGUCAUCUUUGCCUCCUCUGCCACCUGGAGCCGUACCCCGUGGCUGCAGGGGAGCUGGGGCUCGGUGUGAACCCCCAGCUUUACCUUCAAUAAAAUAUG